AUGAUCGGGGAUUCGGACGGAAGAUAUGAACCUCCUGAUAGGGGAAAAAUUAUAAUUACAGAUGAAGUGAAUAUGGAAUUUAGCGGAAAUGGAAAAAGCGACGAAACAGGUGGUAUUGAAAAAAUAAUAAAACAAAAAAAUAAAUAUAGUUCAACGGACCAAGGUCCAUAUUAUGUAUUUGUGCAAAGUAAAGAAGGAAACAUAGGUAAGUUUCAUAAAAUUUCUACUGCAAGAUUAAUUUUAAACGCAGAACCGGAGAUCAGGGAUAACAUUUUAAAUAUUUCUGUAACUGGUAGAAAUAAAGUUAAAGUCGAAUUAAAUUCAUUCAAUAGUGCAAACAAAUUAGUCGAGUCUAAAGUAUUUCAGGAAAAAAAUUACGAGGCUUAUAUACCCACUUUCUUUACAUACAAAAAAAGUGUAAUAAAAAGUAUUGACAAGGAUAUUAAAGACGAUGAUUUAUUAAACAUAAUUAAACCUAAAUAUGGAAAUAAUUUUAAAGUUUAUGAAGUAAGGAGAAUAAAACGAAAGGUAAAUGGUGAGUUACUCCCGACAAUGGCAGUUAUUGUUACUUUUAAGGGCCAAAUGAUACCUAAACAGGUAGUAAUAGAAAAAAUUAUUUACGAUGUAGAGAUAUAUGUUCCACGAGUAAUUCAAUGCAGACAAUGCAUGAGGUACGGUCACGUUAGUGCACAAUGUAGAGGUAAUGUUCGAUGUGGAAAAUGUGGCAAUGAACAUGAAACAAAUUCUUGUAAUUCGCAAUUGACAUCAUGUAUUUUAUGCAGAGGAAGUCAUGAAGCAACGGAUAGGAAAAAUUGUGAAGAAUUUCAUCGUCAAAAACAAAUUAAAACAUAUAUGGCCACAGAAAAUUUAUCCUAUAGUGAGGCUAAUAAAAAAUAUGAUCAUAGUUACGCAACGGUGACAAAGAAUGUAAAUAAAAGCACUCAUUACUCAGUACCAGUUAAACGCAGACGAAAUUUAGAAGGUUAUCCUAAUUAUCCCCGUUCAGGAUAUUCCUUCGAGCAUAAGGAGAUUCUUUCAUCUCCAUCUACUAGUAGUCAACCGAGAUUUGUUAGGCGCUGUUUUUACGUUGUUAGAUUAUACAAGAAUAAAAUUAUAUACAUUAUGCGACCUGGUGCGAAAAAAUCUGUUGUGUGGGAAUAUUUUAUUAAAAAUGAAAAUCAAACAGGGACAUGUAAAUUAUGUAAAAAAAUUAUAAAAUGUUUUGGAGGUACCACUAAUCUAAGACAGCAUUUAUUAAGGAUUCAUCCUACCCAAAUGUUAGAAAAUGAACCACCGGCGAACACAGAAAUAAAUCAAAAUGUAGAAAAUAUAAUGCAACCAGAAGUAGAAAAUACAAACAAGUUGGCAGUUCCAGGAACUUCAGGUACAAAUUUAAAAAGAGCCAACGAAGGAAUGAGUAAGGACACGAGACCUCAAAAACAAUUAAAACUGUUCGGUGUUAAAAAGGUACAUGAACUGUCUGAAUCAGACUUAAACAAACUGGAUGUGAAACUGUUAAAACUAAUAACUCAUGAUUAUCAGCCGUUGUCUAUUGUGGAAGACAAAGGUUUUAUAGAAUAUUCGCGAGCGUUACAACCUUUGUAUAAAUUACCAAGUAGAAAAAAACUAACCUAUGAAAUUUUACCCAAAUAUUAUACGGAGUCGGCUUCAACACUGAAAAUAACUUUAUCUAAAGUUGAAAAUAUUGCUGUAACGACGGAUAUUUGGACAUCAGACAGCAACGUAGCAUAUAUUACAGUGACGGCCCAUUUCACACACGAGAGUAAUUUAUGUGCACGUGUUUUAUGUACAAAAGGUAUGUCUGGCUCUCACACAAGUGAAAAAAUUGCGGAUGAAUUAACUUCAAUUUUUAAUGACUGGAAUAUCGGUAAUAAAAUCAUUACUGUGGUGUCGGAUAACGGAGCAAACAUUAAAAAGGCAAUUACACACAAUUUGCAAAAACACCACCAUCCCUGUGUUGCACACACGCUUAAUUUAAGUGUUAGUGAAGCAAUUUUAAAAAAUGAUAGUUUAAGUAGUGUGUUAACAAAAUGUAGGGCUCUUGUUGGAUAUUUUAAACAUAGUGUUGUAGCAAGUGAUAGGUUAAAAACCAUUCAAAUGCAGAUGGGUCUUACAAUACUUAAAGUUAAGCAAGAUGUUUCUACAAGGUGGAAUUCUUGUUACAUAAUGCUGCAAAGAUUGAUAAAUAUUAAAGAUUCUUUGAGCAUUGUUGUAACCGAUUUGCCUAAAUCUCCACAGUUUCUGAACGCAGAAGAGUGGAAAAUAAUUGUUGAUUGUGUUAAAGUGUUGAAGCCUGCUAAUGAUAUUACUACCAUUGUAUCUAGUGAAAGGUACCCUACAAUGUCGUUGAUCGUACCUUUAAUUCGAGGGUUACAGUAUGCCCUAGUUAAUAUACAUACUGAAACCGAGGUAGGUCAGACCUUAAAAACUACAUUAUUAGAUGUUGUAUCAAGAAGAUUGGGUCAUUUAGAAAAAAAUAAAAUAGUUGCGAAGGCGACGUUUUUAGAUCCAAGGUUUAAGAAAGUUGUAUUUGGCUCUGAAGAAAAUUCAACUAAUGCUCAAACAUGGGUCACCGAGGAAUUAAAUCAGCGAAUUGCUGAACGUAAGGCAGUUUCAGAUCAGGAAGUAUCUCCUCAGCCGCAACACUCUUCCGAUGUCGAAGAAAUAUCAAUUUGGACCCAGUUUGAUAAAAAAAUGGCAGAAAAAAAAAUAUGUUCUACGCCUACAAGUAUUGGUAUUCUGAUGAUCAGACAAUAUUUGGAGCUUCCAGCGGUAGAUAGAAAAAAUAAUCCACUCAACUUUUGGGUUAAACAUAAAGAAGUAUUACCUGAGUUGUAUGACCUUGCAAUUAAAUAUUUGUGCGUACCUGCUACAUCGGUACCAUCCGAGAGAGUUUUCUCAAAAACUGGGCAAAUCACUAAUUUAAGAAGAAAUAGACUUGCACCAAAGAACCUAGACCAAAUUAUAUUUUUAAAUUCCUGUGAGCUUUAA